AUGACUUAUCAACUGAGUGCUUCCUACUGUGCUAGAUACAACAAGUCCAAGCCACCAUUAUCUUACUUUCCUGGGCAAGAGUUUUGCAUCCACCCUCAUACUCCACCUGCUCCCGCAAACAGGUUGAGGUCGUCUUAUCUUAUGAGGGGCAUCGGGAAAGGGAAAGUACGCAUCCUGUUUGUUGGACCUGUCAGAAUAGGAGACCAACACAGUGCUCAACUUGUUACCGUCUACAUGGUCGAUAAGACUCCAGAUAUAUUAGACUCGAUACCAACUGAUAAGUAUCUAGUCGCUAAGCUCUGCGAUCCCCUUUACUUUGACCAUGAGCAAGAUGAUGUGGAUCCUUUUCGCUAUACGGACCUAGCAUACUCUCAUGAAACCGCAGCCUACCGACUGCUUUAUCCACUUGAAGGAACUGUCAUUCCAAAAUAUUAUGGGUCCUUUACACUUGAACUGCCAAUUCUGAAUAAAAAAACUUCGCGAUCUAUCCGGUUAAUCCUUAUCGAAAAAGUACCCGGGAUCUCAAUGCAACGUCUCAAUCCAACCAACCAUACGCGGUCAGAGCGUCAAAAUAUUUUGAAGGCAAUUGUCGAUGCAGAAUCUAUGCUGUAUGCUCAUGAUAUAUUACAUAGAGAUAUACACCCGAGGAAUGUUCUUGUGCUGGAUAGCGCUCAUCGGUGUGUGGUACUCAUUGACUUUGGAUAUUGCGGGAUUGGUCGAACUCCUUCAAACAGCCCUGCCGAGUGGAAAGCCAAAUACCUUCUUGGUGUUCCCAUAUCCCCCAUUGCUGCGCUGGGAUCAGGCCACUCUCCCUGCCCACCUACCCAUGAAACGGACGGAAUUCGAGCUGCCACCGGCACAGAUCCAUCUCCUGGUGAAGCUUCUGAUUUGGCCCACCUCGGAUGCUCUGGGAAGACGAGUGGCGGCGACGCAAUGAGGGGGUGGAGGCGGAGAGACGACUUCCUCGAAGGUGGGUCCCCUGCGAGGACGACCGAAGCGAACGAUGCUGCCUGA